AUGUCGAAUCUGCAGCGCCGCCAGAGCGCAAAGGGCGAGUUCGUCCCCACCGAGGGCCAGUGGCCCGUCGACCCGCAGCACGACGUGGCCGUGUCGCAGGACCGCGUCUGGGUCGACGGCUGCUUCGACUUUGCCCACCACGGCCACGCCGGCGCCAUGCUGCAGGCCCGCCAGCUGGGCUCCGAGCUGCUCGUCGGCGUGCACUCGGACGAGGCCAUUCUCGAGAACAAGGGCCCGACGGUCAUGCGCCUGGCGGAGCGCGUCAUGGCCGUCGAGGCCUGCCGCUGGGCCACCAAGGCCGUCCCCCACGCGCCCUACGUCACGUCGCUGCCGUGGAUCUCGCACUACGGCUGCCACUUUGUCGUGCACGGCGACGACAUCACCUCCGACAGCGACGGCCGCGACUGCUACCGCUACGUCAAGGCCGCCGGCCGCUUCAAGGUCGUCAAGCGCACCCCGGGCAUCUCCACCACCGACCUCGUCGGCCGCAUGCUGCUGUGCACCAAGUCGCACUUUAUACAGUCGCUGGAGAAGCGCCUUGCGGGCGCCGAGGGCCCGGGCGGGGAGCUGGAACGGCAGAAGGAGGGCGAGGCCAUGCUGCAGCGCAUCAGGGACUACGCCACCGACGAGACUGGCAGGGCCCCUGGCUGCGACGUGUGGUACUGGCACGCCUCGCGGCCAGCCAAGCUGCGGCGCACCACCACCACCACCACCAACGCUCCGAACGCCCCAAACGCCGCCAGCGAGCCGCGUCCAGGCGUCGCCCGCUCGCAGACGGCCGCCAGCUCGGCCGGGCCCGUCAAGGAGGAAAAGGGCAAGUUUCACCAGCUCGUGCAGGGCAGGGGCGUCAGGCCGGGCCAGGUCGUCGUCUACGUCGACGGCGGCUGGGACCUGUUCUCCUCGGGCCACGUCGAGUUUCUGCGCAAGGUGACCGAGGCCGAGGAGACGGCCGCCCGCGCCCGCGGCUGGUACACGGACGAGGCGACGGCCGACCGCGUGUCCGCGACAGGCUCCGACUACGGGCCCGUCUUCCUGCUCGCCGGCAUCCACGACGACGAGGUCAUCAACCACUGGAAGGGCAUCAACUACCCAAUCAUGAACAUCCUCGAGCGCGGCCUGUGCGUGCUGCAGUGCAAGUACAUCCACGCCGUCGUCUUCGGCGCCCCCUUCUCCCUCUCCAACGCCUUCCUGCUGACCCUCCCCUACGGCACCCCCGCCGCCGUCUACCACGGCAUCACCAAGUUCAUGCCGCUGACGUACGACCCGUACGCCGCCGCCAGGGCCCUCAACCUCUACCGCGAAGUCGCCAACCACGAGUACCAGAACGUCAACGCCGCCGAGAUUGUUGCCCGCAUCAUGAAGAGCAGGGCCCUGUACGAGGAGCGCCAGCGCAAAAAGGGCGAAAAGGGCGCCGGCGAGGAGGCCGAGAAGAUCAGGCAGGACUUGGAGCGCGAGCAGAGGCGGAGAGAGGUCGAGGGCCAGUUUGGCAUCUAG